AUGGCUGGAAUGAAGAGGCAGUUCCCAGAGGAGGAGGAGGCGGCGGCAGUAUCACAGGGAAACCAGAAGCGACGCAAGAUUGUUCAUCACACGCUGCAUUAUACUCAGCCAGGGCUCCCAGAACCACUACCUCUGGAAGAUAGUGCUUUCUUUGGGACCCAGCUAAUACGCUCAAUAUCUGUCGCACUGAAGGCAGUUGGAUUUGAUAGCACUACACCAGCUGCUCUUGAGGCUUUCCGAGCGGAAGCCGAGGAGUACAUGCUGCAUUUCUGCGGACAUAUACGGCAAUCGAUGCUAUCAGCGCGGCGCACACAAGCGCUUCCCUCCGAUUUUGUCGCAGCCCUCAGUCGCGAGAACCUCGAACCUCACGACCUCCUACCUCAACUCCGACAUAAUAUACCUCCUUCAAUCACACUACCACAGUUACCACCUCCUUUACCUGCAGAAGAGUCACCACCAGAUCUUGAAGCUGUCCUAGGCCCCGAACUCUCUGGCGCUGCUGAAAAGGCGAAGCGAAUUUACAUACCAAAGCACUUUCCCAGCUUCCCGGACACCUCGACUUGGAAGGCUUCAGAACUUAAAGUGCUCCGUGAAACGGAUCCACAAAAGCUACGCGAUAAAGCAAAUGAAGAAGGAAUACAAGCCGAAAGGGGUCUAAGAGAGCUUAUGGCUGUUACGAAAACAGCAAAGAAAAAAAGAACGAAGAGUAUCCGAGUUUUGGAACGGGAACGGAUAUGGGAAGACACUCUAGCGGCCGUGAAGGAAGAAGAUGAAAACAGGGUGAAUGAAAGAGACAAAGCGAAGGUGCAAGAAGAGGAGAUGAACUUUUCGUUUGAGUUCUCCUUCGACGGUGCAUCCGACCCUAAACCAGAGCCUCCUCCUCCUGCACCACCCAAACAGAAGGAGAGUUCAGAUGAGUUGAAGCUUAGUGGGCCUGUCAUGGUUAACUACGAGUCAAAAUACUGGAGAAAGUCAGCGCAACGAUUGAUAUGA